AAAAUUAGGUUAUCUGCAAAACCCUAGGCUCCACGAAUGAUAGAAAGUUAGAAACCCUGGCAGACGCAGACCAAACUGCGGUGGAAUUGGUGUUCCGAGUUGAAAGCAUUGAUUGCGAUUGCGAUUGCGAUUGCGAUUGUAAUUGUAUUGUAUGACCGCAUUCUACCGGUGAAUCAUUGUUGAACUGUCUAGUUUGAUGUCAAUGGAAGUCCAGGGCUUCACGUAUGAGGCCCUAAGCCCUUUGCUAGCCGCCGAGCCAGCAUUGACGCCGGAACGCCUUUUUCUCUCCGCCGAUUCCGAGCCCUAUGUUGUGCUCCGCAAUGAAAUCCCUCUCUCCGUGACUCACUGCCCAUUGCCAGAGUCCUCCGCUCCGGAUUACUUCUCUCUUGACGUCAGUGCGGAUGCCGACGAGCCGGCGGUUGAUUUGAUUUCCACUCCGUCGCCUUUGGCAACUCCAGCACCGGAAACUGAGCGGUCGCUUGAGGGCGGUUGGUUUCGGCCAAAUUAUCGGUUCAAGAGCCCUAUGCUUCAGCUCCACAAAGAGAUACUGGAUUUCUGUGACUUUCUCUCACCAACUCCAGAAGAACAAGCAUCACGAAAUGCGGCCGUGGAAUGUGUCUUUGAUGUUAUUCGGUAUAUAUGGCCCCACUGUGAGGUAGAGGUUUUUGGGUCAUUCAAAACUGGGCUUUAUCUUCCAAGUAGUGACAUUGAUGUUGUCAUACUGGGAUCAGAUGUCAAAACUCCACAAAUUGGCUUACAAGCCCUUGCUAGGGCCCUAUCUCAAAGAGGCAUAGCAAAGAAGAUACAGGUGAUUGCAAGGGCACGCGUUCCAAUCAUCAAAUUUAUUGAGAAGAGAAGUGGCAUUGCAUUUGAUUUAAGCUUUGAUGUUGACAAUGGACCAAAAGCUGCUGAGUUCAUAAAGGAGGCUGUAUCCAAAUGGCCCCCAUUACGCCCGCUGUGCUUGAUCUUGAAAGUAUUUCUGCAGCAAAGAGAAUUAAAUGAGGUGUAUACAGGUGGAAUAGGUUCCUAUGCACUCCUUGUGAUGCUCAUUGCAAUGUUGCAGAGUCUUCACAAGCAGCAAGGUUUUCCAGAACAUAACUUGGGAGUUCUUUUGGUAAACUUUUUUGAUAUUUAUGGACGGAAAUUGAACACAUCAGAAGUUGGUGUGUCUUGCAAGGGGCCAGGCACAUUCUUCUCAAAGAGUAGCAAAGGGUUUGCUGUUAAAGGACGGCCAUUUCUUAUUUCCAUAGAGGAUCCUCAGGCACCGGAAAAUGACAUAGGGAAGAACUCCUUUGGCUAUUUCCAGGUCAGAUCAGCUUUUGCCAUGGCUUUCUCAACGCUGACGAAUGCAAAGACCAUCUUGAGCCUAGGCCUCAAUAGGAGCAUUCUGGGUACCUUAAUAAGGCCAGAGCCGGUCCUAGUGGAACGAAAGGGAGGGGCAAAUGGAGAAGUUACAUUUGGGGAAUUGCUGCCUGGAGCAGGAGAGGCGGUUCAGGUCCAUAGCGAAGAGCAGCAGAUGUAUUGUAAUUGGCAGUUAGAUGAUGAGGAAGAACCCCUUCCCAGGGGAAAUGGGACAGCAGAUGGGGAUGGUGGCACUGGCACACCUUCCUCCUCUGGAAAGAAGAAGAAGAAGAUGAGGACGAAAGCAUCCGAAGAGGAGAAGCCGGCUAAGAUGCUGAAAGCAAAUGGUGAAGCCCGGAAGGUGAGGCACGAAGAAAGUGGGUCAAAGAGAGACAAGGGUAAAAAGAAGACAGGGUACCCGCGGGAUGGAAGUGGUAGUAAUAGUAGUAGAAGUAGACGUAGAAGUAGUAACCGUUUUCCAUCCCCAAGGAAGGAGUAGGACUCGAAGCUUCAGUUUUCAUCAGUGCUCCCCAUAAUCCCAUACCCUACAAUUACUGGUUGGGACUUGGGGGCUCGCUCCCAUCCUUUCGGUUGAAUUUUCAUCUUCACUACAAAACCAAUGCCAAUGCCAUUGCCACCUAAACUGCUUUUACCAGACCAGAUGGGUGUCUUUCCUUGGAAUUCAAUUCCAUUUACUUUUUUUUC